ACCUGUCUGAGAUACCUGAAGUUACGGUCACUUCUUAUGGCUGCUUUCGGCUUUACUCCUGCCAGAGAGCAGGAUCUUUUUAGCUUUGAAGCGGAACAGUCCAGCUCAAAAACAAGCAGCGGACUCAGCGGGGAAGAGGCCAAGCGUUUCUAUGAAAGCUUAAUGAAAGAUGAGAAGGGGGGAGAUGGAUUAAAAGGUGCAAUUAGUAAGAAAGGCAGGGAACCUCAGACUAGACAGGAGAGUAGAGAGUCCAGAAGAAGAGCGAUGAGGAGGGUGAGAGCUGUGGAAGCACAGCAGGGUCAGAGUGGAGGGAGUCAAUCAGAGACUGGACACUCAGAAAGAACCAUGGAGCUGCUGGGUCUGCGGCUACUGCGCUUUGCCCAUGAGGGAGACAUCCCUGGGCUCAAAGAGGUCCUCUCAAAGGGGGUCGACAUCAACUACCAGGACACUUUCUUCUGGACAGCUGUAAUGUGUGCAAGCUGGUCAGGGCAAAGAGCUGCGGUGAGGCUUCUGCUGCAGCACGGAGCGGCCUGGGUCGGAGUGGUUGACACUAAGGGCAGGGAUGCCAAAGACCUGGCACUGGAAGCUGGCCACAAUGAAGUGUUGGAGGAGCUGUUGAGCUACGGGAGAAGACCAAAGAGAGAGAGACCGUCUGACAGCAGUUCCCUCCAGCCUCAGUGGUGCGACGUGUGUCGUGACGAGUACAGCAGCAGCCUGCCGUCACAUCUCUCCUCCACCCUGCAUCAGUUCAAUCUGCGACGUCCUCCACCCACCCCUUACUACUGCCUCCCCCCCUCCAGCAACAGCUUCAAGAUGAUGGUUCGUUGUGGCUGGAAACCAGGAACAGGGCUGGGGCCACAGGGAGAGGGACCCAAACAGCCAGUGUCUACUGUGCUGAAGAGAGACCAGAAGGGUCUGGGAUACGGACAGAUGAAAAGAGCCAAAGUGACUCACUUCCAAGCCAGAGACUGUGAAGCUGUGAAACCACCAUCUAAGGACAAAGUGGGGAUUGGAAUGAAAGGACAGAGGAAGGAAGAAAGGAGGAAAAAAGAGCAAAAAGACAGGAACUGGGAAAGAGACUUCCGUGCCUCUUUUUAUCUUUGACACUGGCUCAUUCACAUCUGCAUAAACAUCUCUGAAACACUUAAAAUGUGACGCUGAAUUGUUUAUUAAAGCUUUGACAGAGUU